AAUAUAUAAAGAUAAAAUAACAGAAAUUUAGUUGCAACAAAAUUAUUAGUUAAAAAUCAAAAUGGUUAAUACCGAAGUACUUCAAAGAAAAGAGCCGUAUUACAUACCUGGAUAUACUGGAUACUGUCCACAACAUCGAUUUAAAAGUGGAGAAAAUUAUAGUAACCUCAGUCAUAAGCUGUUACGCGACCCGAAAAUAAAUCAUGCAAAGAAACUUAUUCUUGUUGAUAGAUCAAAAGAUCAUGAGGUAGUGAAACCAACAAAGGAUGAUAUUGAAGUUGUAAAUUCCAGAUCAAAUAGAAUGGAUCCAAUUUAUAAGCAUCCUAUGCUUUCAACAUAUGACGGUUUUAUACCAAAUUUAAGUGAUGAGCGGGAUAAACCUUAUGAAAUUCAAGCAACCGAAGGUAUUGCAAAUUUUGAAAAACAAUAUCAACAGAAAAAAUCAUCGAUUGAACGCUUAGAAAAAACAGUGGAAUUACAAAGUGGUACUUCAUAUCCGAAAAACAUUGAAGAGCGCUUGUUACUCAAAAGCAAAUUUAGAUUACCAUUAAUUGCUGUUCGUCCUGAACACAUCGGUUUACCAGAAGAUUAUUUAAUAGAUGAAAGAUACGAGAGACCUAAAGACUAUAAUGUAUCUCCGUAUUUUAUGGAAAAUAUUAAUCCGCAAAAAUAUUUUAUUCAUGGAUACACUGGAUAUAAACCACAUCGCACCACUCAUUAUGGGAAAUCUCAUCAAGUUAUGACGAAUUAUGGUUUGCGUGACUUUACUUCUAAUUAUUUAAAAAAAAAGAGAAUUGAAUGGGCUCCAGUACUACUUUCAAAUAAAAAAGAAAAGCUUCCUAAGAACAAUAGAAUUUUUAAAAAAGAUACCGCACUCAUGCCAAGUUAUACUGGUCACAUACCUGGAGCAAAAUUCAAGUAAUACAAAUUUUAUGAUUUACUCAAAGACUGAUUAAGCUUAUUCUUAAUAGUUUACUUAAGUAAAAUAUAAUGUACACUUCACAGAAUUGGUAAGACUCAUGGAUUUUGUUCAAAAGAUGCAUAUCGUUAUAUGCAAGAUCAACUUUUUACUAUAAAAUUCAAUAAAU